UGCGUGUAAGUGGACAGCUGAACGACCCUGCUGCACUGUAGCUAGCUCCCUGGCCUUGCCCCUCCAUGCGAGAGCCCCGCACCAACAAAAACACCACGACCGUUACUGCGGCUGCUCCCUUUUGUCAUUUCUUCAAAACAUCACCAAGCUCAAGAUGGAAACAGCUGCCCAUACUCCGGAAGCCCUGCAUCUGCCAGAUGGCCAGACUUACUAUGUGGCUCCCGUCUUUGGAGGCAUCGGCUUUCGAAGCAACGAUGCCACCCACGACAACCACUUCCCCAUCGGCUGGACCACAGUGCUUCACACAGAAGAAGAGAGGCCCGUGUUUGCUGGUGAAGAUGCUACCCCGGGCCAUGAAGCAGGCACCGAAGUCGUCAAGAAACGUACAAAGGCCUUUAAGCAGCCUACACUGCAGAACGACGCCCUCUUCAUCUCGUCGAUAUCCCAGCCCUCAAACUCCGAGUUCCAGCCCCCAGCGAGCCCGACGAGGCAAAUUGCCAUGAUGCUCUGGGUUACCUUGUACUGGUACUUUCACCAGAAGGAGCCAGAACCAUAUCUGCACAACGAGCAUUCCAAGGAUACGCCUCAUACUGCUCGGCCCACGGGAGAAUGGUCCAUUAUGAUUAAGCGCGAGGGUAUCUUCCGCAGCAAGAACCUCAUCCCGAAGCUCGAGCGAAUGGGUCUCAUUGCGACAAAGAACACGGCUGUGGGAACUGAACUUGAUGACAGUGGCGACAUGUGGUCUCAGAUGUUUGUCUCCCAGUCCAUGUUCUGGCAGAUCCCGCCCAAUCUGUUCCUCUUCACGCUCAAGCCCGUCAAGGCCCUUCCGAGCUACGCAUCACCAACUAGUAGCAGACCUGGUUCGCCUGCUCCCGAAGCCAACCAGACCUUGCCACUCCGAUUGCACAGCGAUCUACCGGGUGCACCAAUGCCGCUCAGUCCUGGCCUUGCGCCGAGCUACCCCAUUGGGCCCUUCUUCUCGACGUCACACUUGCCCACGUAUUAUCCACCAGCCCCUCUACAAUACACAUUUACAGGGGAUGUCAGACAUCCGCUGCGCCCCAAGCCGCCUAGGAUGGGCGAAGUAUUUUACACGCGGUUUAUUCCUAGCCAGGGUCAGUAUCUGUCGUUCCGUGUUGCGUCGCUGUCGCCAAAUCCCGUGCCUUACUUGGGCCCAGUGGGACCAAAGGCUCCGCAACACGAAUCUCUGAUGACCAUGAGCGAUACCCUGUUGCUCCAAUCUUGGUAUGAGAACCCUCGAGUCAACAAGUUUUGGGGUGCAUGGAAAGAAAAUACUCUUUCUAGCGUGCUGGAGUUGCCUCACUCGUUCCCUGUGAUUGCCCUCUGGGAUGGUGUUCCCUGGGGCUACUUUGAAGUUUAUUGGGUCAAGGAAGACCUUUUGGGCAAGACUUUGGGCAGCUCUGUCGACGACUGGGACAGAGGCAUCCAUCUUCUUGUUGGCGAGGAGUGGGCGCGUGGCCGAGUACCCGUCUGGCUGAGCAGCUUAGUCCACUGGUGCUUCACAUCGGAACCUCGCACCAUGAGCGUCAACCUUGAGCCGCGAAUUGAUAACGACAGAGUUCUCAAGGUUCUCGAUGAGACGGGUUUUGGUAAAGAGAGACAGAUUUCGUUUCCGCACAAGCAGUCAUGGCUGUCUCGCUUGCGCAGAGAGACUUUCAAGGCCCCUCGUCUCUAAUGCAAGCUUACAUAUAUACCUAACUACCAGCUACUAAUACCUGGUACCCAUUAUACUCUUCUCAAUAUUAAAUAUUAUUAAUCACCAAUAAACCUCCACAAUCCUCAAUCCCAAACUUGUACACUAUAUACACGUCAUUCAUCCAUCGUAUUCAUUGCUGCCCCUCUUACACGCCCUUUUGACCCCCAUUUAAGCACCCCUCUCCCCUCCUCUUCCUCUCACCUACACCACC